GACAGAGAGAAGACUAAUGUUCACCUCAAUAUUGCGUAUGUCUUUGAAGCAAGGGAAAUAAAUGUGCAUGGUACAAUAGUAUCUGCAUCUCUGUAGUCAAUUGACCCGAGAAGCUCCAAACUUGAAGAAAAUUGUUAUCUACUGGGUAAAGCAGGCUCAUGGCUUUAUCAGCGAGUGAGGAGAUCCUUGCUCAGCUUAUUUCACCUCGCCAGCUAGGAGCUGAACUCCAAAUGAAGCGCGUGUCACCACAAAAAUCGAUGGCCUUGGACUAUAAUAUUUUUUUCAGCGCAUAAUCCACUCAAGUGCGCCGACGGGUCUUGGUUCUCACCACAGCCUUAUAAUGAAUCUAGUUUUUUGGGAUACGAUUUUUCUCCUUACAGGGUCAUUUUUUAGCUAUGGACAAGUCCCAGAAAAUUCUACUUCAGCCUCAACCACACAGUCCACUCCGACCACACCAGCCACACCGACGGCAAGUCCAGCCACCAGUACUGUGCCCAGUCCUACCGUGAGCUCCACCACCACCACCACCACCACCAUCUCCUCAACCACAACCCAUCACCCAGUGAGAAAGUUUGUAGCGGCGGCGGUCCACUCCCACUUUGAUGACUGUCCUGACUCCCAUAGUCAGUUCUGUUUCCACGGCACCUGCCGCUUUCUGAUCCUGGAGGAGACUGCGGCGUGUAUAUGCCACCCGGGUUUCGUUGGGAUGCGCUGUGAGCAUGCUGACCUGCUGGCGGUCGUGGCCACCAACCACGGCCAGCACACGGUGGCCACCAUGCUGGUGCUCUGUGUGGUGGGAUGCGUGAUGCUCAUGCUGCUCUUCACCCUCCUCAACUGCUGGUGGAGGCGUGGAGGUUGUGAGAGAGGCCGUCUCCUGCCCUGCUUCUCUGAGAAGCCCAGCAGCAUACUGAAGGCCAGGACCUCCUGCUGCCACUCAGAGACCGUGGUGUGAAAGCUGGGUCUGCUGAGUGCCUCCAGCGUCCAUCCCAGGGCCACGCUUCCCCCUCCCAGACCUUCGCCUAUUACAUGGACAAAACUUGGAGUCAACCUCAGACAGGCAGUCUGCUCCGAGUGAUGGGACUUAGGGAAGGAUGCAGUCAUUUUCUCAGUGGAUUUGGACACCAAGUAGACCUGUUAUGCAGAUGGCAGAAGGACCUUGCGUGUCUCUCUUGCAUGUCAAAAUGUCCCUGGACUUACUGGGAUUGCAGACAUAGCGAGAGGACAAGGGUGUGAAACAAGACUGAAGGAAAAUAUUCACCACAACAGAAGAUACAAGCUAAGUAUUUGAGUUCAGUGGACGUCUGACAAAUGAUUUAUAUCAUACAUCUAUAAAACCCAGCCUGAACAGUUACCUAACCCAGGAUAUUUUAGGGUCUCAAGAAUGAAUAAUUAGGAAUGUGACCUUUUAAUUGCACAUAUACUUGACCCUUAAGGACAUUUGAAAACACUCCAGGUUUGUCCGCCAUUUUUGUCUUUUAAACAUACAUAUAUAUAUCACUUUUUAAAAAAGCAGUCACAUGCUGGAAAAAAAACAAGCACAACAGUAUUUUAGCCUUUAGUCUAUAUGGUGUUUGACACUGACAGAGGAACAAAACCUCUUUAUUAAAUACUUUUAUUUUUAGCAUCUAAUAAUGAGGGGUUUACACAUUUAUGUCACAUGGGGACAAAAAUGGGACCUGAAUUUGCAGCCUGGGUGUCGAUUAUCGUGAGCUGAGCCCCAAUGCACAGAAAAUAAGUAGAAGGAUGAUGACCACUUCAAGGAGAAAUCGAAUGCAUGUACUUCAAAAACUCCUUUUCACAUCAAACACAAUGAAAAUGAACUCUUUAGGUAUACGGUGGUUGUGGAUACUUUGGAGAGGAGAACUCUGUUGCUAAAACAUUUGUCCAUUAUAGUACCCUUUAUUGACAUCCUAGUUCAUAAUUAGAGCAACAUAUUUUUCUUAUCUUUGCACUUUAAGCACACACAGCCUUCAGGACAUAUUUGACAUGGCUUAAAGAUGUUCAAUUUCUUUUCCUGGCAUUUCUUGAAUUUAGUAAGCAAACAGCAUCUUUGUUUGAAUAACAUUAAUACCUAGGGACUUCUGCAAUGUUUGUAUGAAAUUGGUGUCCCCCACAUUUGUCUUCACUUGAUCACAUUGAGCACUUAUGGAUUUACACAUUAGGGGAUAAAAGCUAAACAGACAGGAUUUUCCACUAUACCUAGAAUCAACCAAGAUCACUCUAGCCAAUCAACUCCUCGCAGUUACACUUGAAUGCAUGUAGUCAGCUAUGCCAAAUUUGUAUUGGUUUACAGCUGACCAAAUGCUCCCUGCCUCAAAACAAUGACUUGAACUUGAACUCCAUAACAAAGUUCUAUUCCAUAUUUCAUGUCUUUCAUGUAUAGUUGAAAUGUUAUCCAUCAUGUCGUUCUAAUUAAGAAUCUUCAUCUAGUAAGUAAGUUUAAGCACAUUUGAUCAUAACGUCUAUUUUAUUGUAAGAGUUAUAGCUAUUAAAUUGGUGUACUUUUGUAAUAGUCUGGUUUAUCUAGAUAAAAGCACCACUAACAAUUAGUUGGAUUGAUCAUACUAUGUGGAAAGUCCUGGACUAGAGGUUAUCACUGUUCCAAAGCUUUCUGUUGAUAAGCAGACUGCAGCAUUUUCCCCAAUAAAUUAAUUUCACUUCCAAAUUUAACAUUUAAGAUCCCUUGUAAAGCUCAAAGUAUAUAUGCACUCAGCCCACCAACGUGAGAAACACACAAGAGCACACUAGCACCAUAGCACAAAAUGUUUUAAACAAAGCCGCCAUGCUAACUAAUAUUCUUAAGGAAUGUUGUGGGCUCUGCAGAAGUCGCAGUGACCAGCCCUGUUUGUAAAGCACCUCGGUGUCAAUUCUGGAGCCUGGGGGAGGUGUAUAUGACUCUAGUGCUGAUGUGCAAAGGUUUUAUCUGCUUGGUAAUUAUAGCAUUCCUGCAUAUUGAAGGGGGUGCGUAAUGGACGAAGAACAGAUUUGUGCAUCUUUUUUUUUUUUUUCUUUUUGCCUUUAGAACAGUGUAGUGGAUGGAGUAGGAAGUCAGCAGGACAACAGAGAAGGGAGUUCCCUUCUGUCCUUAUAUAGACUCCUGUGGAUAGGAGAAGAGCUGAGAGUGUCCGAUGUCCUGUCAGCUGUUUGUUCACAAGAAUGUACUAUAUUUUUUUUUAUUAUUAUUAUAAUCAAUGUCCAAAUAGCUUAAAAGAAAAAAAGAGAAUAUUGUAGAAAAAAAAUAGAAAAGAAAACAAAAAAACAGUUGAAUCCUGUGAAAUACCUCAAAUGUCUGCAAACAUGGAUGAUGAUGUGGCUAAACAUAUUUGUGGAUACAUUGUGUUUAUUGGUUUAUUUAUUUAAGUUGCUUGAUUGUUGUUUCAGCUCUGCUUGUUAUGUGACUCUAUGUAGAGCUGAGCUGAAGUAGGAGUAUGUAAGAUCAGUGAAGAUUACAAUCGAAAGACUCUACACGUUCUCCAUGUUGGGGAUCGAGAG